AUGGACUUGCGGGUCGAAGCCGCAGAGGGAUGCAGCAUGCCCAGCGGCUGCCUGGUGGGCGUGCGCAUCGGAGACACAUUGAAGCAGGGCCGAUAUGAGCCUCAAAGGUGCUAUCAUUUCCCCCAGGUCGACAGGAGGCGCAAUGCAAAGAUCGACAUCUACCAACACAUCGGGACGUGCACCGUGACCGCGGACCCCGACGUGAGGUCGAACCACGACGUUGCGGUCACCAGCAAGGAUCCGAGCUGCCAGGGCGUCAGGCUCAGGGUCAGCGUGCAAUCCCAGGCCGACGACUCCUCCAAGAAGCAGAGGGAGGCGCGGGUAAAGGCCCUCAAGAGCCAGGCCGGCGACUACCUGACGAAGCACAACCUCGAGGAGCGGCUGUCGGAGGUGGUGAAGGCACUCCUCAAGGAGCAGCCCGCGGACCCGACGGAGUUCCUCUGCAAUGCGUUGCGCAGCGGCGACGCCACCCCGCCGGCGCCCGUCGCGCCCGUGGCGCCGCCACCAGAGCAGCGAUCUGCGCCCGAGCCAGCCGACGUCGAGCGGGCUGCCGGGGGGCUCGGGGAUCGGCUCCCGGCCGACGGGUCGGCGUGCCUGCCCGACCUGUCGGGCCACCACAGCGUGUUGGCGACGGUGCUCCGGUCGGACCCGUCGGUCUGCUCCCGUCUGCAGUCGGUUCGCUCGGCAGCCGGCGUGACGCUCGCCCAGUGCAUGAGGCCGGGCAUCGACCACAAGGGCCACCCCCUGGUGCGGACCGUGGGCCUCGCGGCAGGGGACGAGUCCUGCUUCCGGGUCUUCGGGGACGUCUUCGAGCCGGUCAUCCACCAGCUGCACGCCAGCUUCGCGCGGGGCUCGCGCCACGCGGCGGAUCUGGACAGUGCCGGGGUGAGCGACCUGCCCCUGGACGCCUCCGGAUCCCGCGUGGUCUCCGUGCAGGUGCAAGGGAGCCGCAGCCUCUCGGGCGGCCUCCGGAUGCCCCCCGCCGCGUCGCUGGAGGAGCUCUGCGAGGCGGAGCGGUUGCUGUCCCGCGCGCUGGUGGUGGGCGGCGGCCUCCAGGGGGCCUACCACCCCCUGCGGGGCUCGGGCUCGUGGGUGCCGCAGCCCGGGGGCACGAGCGAGAGCGACGAGCAGGAGCUGCGCGCCUCCGGCUUCCUGUUCGAGGAGCCCGACUCCGCGAUCAUGCUCUCGGCGGGCUAUGGGCAUUGCUGGCCGCAUGGCCGCGGCGUAUUCGUCGGCAGGGAGAGGGACUUCUUCGUCUGGGUCAACGAGGCGGACCACCUCAAGAUCAUCUCCCGCCAGUCCGGCGGGGGCCUGAAGCAGGCGUUCGAGCGCUUCGUCAGCGUCGAGCGGUCGGUCGGCGCGUCGCUGAAGGCGAGUGGCUCCGGCUACGCAUGCGACAGUCGCUUUGGCUUCCUCAACUCGUGCCCCUCCAACAUCGGGACGGCCUUGCACGUCAGCGCCACUCUCAGGAUACCUCUGCUCAGCGCCCACGGGAAGCAGCUUAAGGCACGGUGCAUGGGCCUGCGACUCCAGGCUCGGCAGCUGGGCCAGCUCUGGGAGCUGUCCAACCACACCCGCCUCGGCUGCUCGGAGGCUGCCCAGGUCAACACCCUGAUCGACGGCUGUAGGGAGCUCACGGCCCUGGAGGCCAGGCUGGAGGCAGGGGAGGACCCUUCCGUGGUGCUGGGCGAGGGCCCUCCGCCGAAGGCGGAGGCUGCGCCGCCCCAGGCCGUGGACAGGAUCGCGGAUCUGCGGGAGCAGCUGGCGGACGUCUUGAUCAAGGCCAGCGUGGACGGGGAACUCAACAAGGUUCUCAGAGACAUCAAGAUGGACGCGGACCCCCCGUCGGCCCCGCCGCCGACUGCAGCGCCGUCGCCGGCGCAGCUGCCAGUCGCCUUUUCUGGAACGCCCCUGCAGAGGCCGGCGAUGCUGCUGAGUUCGGUGUCCCAGUGCGGCCCGUCCUUCCACAGCAUGGGGAUGCGGCCAGCCAUGCUCUUCAUCUGA